UUGUCUAUGGUGUCUUGAACAUGUUCGGGAUAAAGGAACAGCCUGUCAGUGCCUUUUUUGGCUUAUCGGCUGAGGAAUGAACUCACAGCACCAUAAUCCGACCAUUCUACCACAACUUUCGUUUGAAAUGGAUACGACAGACAACCAGCGUCUUUACACGGCGACGGAGCUCAACAGUUGGGGAGAUUAUUACACGUCUUCAGCAAACGCGGGAACUCUGCUCGGUCCAGCCGACUCACGUGAACGAUCUAGCGACAAUAAUGCCCCCCAGUACCGACCGUGGGAGUCUGUUGACGGCGGCCCAUUGCCUCCGGGGACACCCAAGGAGGUUUUAUUGAGAACAGGAUUUUCGGGAGUGAUGGGUAACAGUCAACCUCCUCCAGACUUACAACAACCUGUUAGCAAACUUCCAUCUUUUCAAAGCCAAUUCAAUGCAUUCCAGGACGCAGGAAUGACUCCAGAACCUUCACUCACGACGUUAACUCCUGUGCCCGUGAGUCCUAACUCCAGUACUAGCCCGUCAGGUCUUUCGGCGCCCCAUUUAACGCCGCUAAGCACGGCGCCUGUUUCGACUUUGACGCAAAUAACACAGUUAGGUACGGGUUCUAUGACGCCCGCAUUUCACACGAUUGCACGAGGUUACCCCUUGGUUCCUGCACCAGUUCAAGCCAGGGAGGUUCCGGCAAUCAAUCAACAAUACCUGGAUGAAAGGCACAUACAGCUAUACCAACCAGUAUUUCAACAAACCGGUCUAGUCACAGUUCUGAAGAAUGAACCAGCUCAUUUUGAUCUCAAACUAAGGCAACAGGAGAAUGGUUAUUCAUCACCGCACUUAAUAACAUCAGUCGGCCCUGCGUCGUCUGGUGACAAUCGCAAGAAAGAGCGACGGAAAGCCCGGGCGUCUAGUCUGGAAUCAGCUACUUCCAGUCAUCAGUCCGAUGAUCAGGUGUCUUCCAAUGUGGAAAAUGAGACGCAUUCAGGACAAGUCGCCGCAGUCAGUUCGACGGCAAGUUUUAAGUCACCAUUACAUCACGGCGGACUAAGUACCGGCAAUGGGACGAAUGGUCAAGGUAACGGUAUGGGCCGGAUGAUGGACACUGACGACUUGGGGCCGGAUAAACAGGUGAAAAAGAAACGUAAACGUUGUGGUGAAUGCGUCGGCUGUCAGCGCAAAGAUAAUUGUGGGGAUUGCGCUCCGUGCCGUAAUGACAAAUCGCAUCAAAUCUGCAAGCAGCGCCGAUGUGAAAAGUUAACUGAGAAAAAGUUGGUUUACGGACCGGAUGGUAACCUUAUACGCCAAGAAAGCAGAAGGGGUCGAGGCAAAGGUCGAGGCACUGGGAGUUAUCGUGGAAGAAAGGCGGCGCUGUCGCACGGUUUAAAUACGCCAUUGCCUACAUCGCUUUCGACGCCGCCACCUCCGUUGUCGUCGACUGUCAGUCCUGCUCCGGCAUCAAACAGUCCCGCUCCGCCUACCACAAUGAAACACGAUAAUAGUGCAGUGCAACAGCAACAGCAGCAGCAACAACAUCAGCAGCAACACAAUUUACAACAGCAAAUGCAACAGCAACUGCAGCAACAAAUUCAACAACAACAUCACAUAGACAAUCAGCAGCAACAGCAACAGCAGACGCUGCAGCAACAGCAAAUGCCGACGCCAAUGGCUUUUUAUCCUACACCAACGUGGGGAAUGCCGCAACCUCCGGAUCAGGCGCAGGCUUGGCAAAAUCAGUUUAUCCAGCAAUUACCCACGCAGGAUUAUCACCAGACCGCUUAUACGGCUACACCCCUGUAUCAAACGAAUGGCUACGUACAGAACGUGGCAUUUGAAACGCCAUCCUUCUACAGCGCGGCUCAGGUGUGUAGCCGCGAUAUGACAAAUUAACUGCGAUUAUUAUCGAGUA